AAAUUGGAUAAAUAUACAUUAGCACAUAACUUAACUUACGAUUGGAUGAGACAACGAUCAAAUAUUUGGAAUAAAAUUGACUUAUGAUGAUCUCGGAUCGAGUAAAAAUCUAAGGAAAAAAUAAUAAUUCCUAUGAAUGGAGAACUAAUUUUUAAUUAUAAUAAAAUUUAUGAGUUUAGAGCUUUUGGCGGUGUCUUAAAAGUUUAUUAAAUGUUCCUUCCCUAUCGGUUGUGUGAUAAAGCACGGUCAACGGUGGACGGUUAAUAGAGAAGCAAUUUCUUGUGCCGUGCGUGUGAAUAAAUUAACAAACUUUGGUGAAGCAACCACCUGUUGAUUACCCAAAAGCGAUUUAUUAGUGCCAAUUGGAAUAUCGAAAUAAUUUAUUUUCUUCGUCAAUUCAUUCAUGAAGUGAACAACCAACAAUUUUGCACAAUCAUCAGCAACAUAAACUAACUUGAUACAUUCAAUAAUAAUUUUGAAAUCAACGCAAGUGAAUCAGAUCAGCAAAAAUCUACAAAACGUCGUGACUCAUUAAAGAUCAUCGCAUCGCAUCUUAAUAUUCAAUUUUAUUCAGAAAGUGUGGCAUAAAAAUAACAAAUUGGUGUAUCACUGAUAAUCUCGCUUUCUCGAUUGACUGCUUGAGAAAUAUCAAAAUUCAACAAGAUUUCAGUGGUCAAAAAAAUUGACAUUCUUUUUGGGAAUUGUGAGAGAUUCGUAAAUCGUAAUCGAUCCUAAAAAUAAAACUUCAAUACUUUUACUCCGAAGAUCUUACAUCAUUUUAACGUGAUUCUAAUUUCUCACGAAACAAAAGCGGAUCUCGAUCAGCGGAAUAUUGAAACGUGAAAAUAACACGAGAAGCAGUGAACAAAUCAUCAACGAGACGACAUGAACCAACAGUGCAAAGUGUGUGGGGAGCCUGCAGCAGGCUUUCAUUUCGGAGCGUUUACCUGCGAAGGAUGCAAAUCCUUUUUUGGUAGAUCAUACAACAAUUUAUCAUCAAUAUCGGAAUGCAAAAACAAUAGCGAGUGUGUGAUCAACAAAAAGAAUCGUACGGCUUGUAAGGCAUGCCGACUAAAGAAGUGCUUGAUGGUGGGAAUGUCAAAGAAUGGCUCACGUUAUGGUCGUCGUUCGAAUUGGUUCAAGAUUCAUUGUCUACUUCAAGAACAACAGCAACAACGCGAACAACAUCAACAAUCGAAUCAUCCACAUCAACCACAUGAUCUCAUGUUUCUCAACCUUAUGGAUGAUUAUAGCAAGAACAAUCAUAAUCGUGCUUCGCUAUCAUCAUCAUCGCCAUCGAUUAGUUCACCUGAUAGUCACAAUUCUGACAGUUCCGUUGAGAUUGGUGAUAAGAAGAAAGCCCAUCAACUUCAUCAUAAGAUCCCACCAAAGAUGCCAACACCAACAUCAGCAAUAAAUCCACCUUUACCAUCACAACUUGCAUCAUUCUUCCAACUUAUGCCACCACUUGGACCAUUACCAUUGCAUCUGGUCGGUUCACCAUUUACAAAAAUGAUGCCACCACCACCACUUGCAAGCUCAGCUCACAGCUUUCUACCACCGUCAUUCUUCAGCAGUCCAUUUCAUGAUUCUCUUCAUCAUCUCUACGCUCAACAACAAAAUUUUCUUUCAUCUGCCAACCUCCCAUCAUCGCCUCUCGCUAAUUUACCAAAUAAUAUCAGCAACAACAACAAUAAUAACAAUAAUAAAGAGAGUAUCAACAACAAUCUUCUUCACAAUGGAAGCAAAUCUGCAGAUUUCUAUCAAAAAUAUUACUUUAAUAAGAUCAAUAAGUUUAACGAUGAUCGCGAUGAGAAUGAUGAUGUGACACCAUCAAACUCGCCACCAUUGAAAGUUGACGUUAAUUCACCAUCUCAUUCAACAUCAUCAAACUCCCCUCCCAUCAUCUGUGAUGACAUCCAGAAUAAUCCGAUUGAUUUGAGCAUGAAAAAUGAGGAUCUGCUUAAUAAUAAUACAAAUUAGUUAAUUUCGAAGUGUCACCAUCAACCGAGACAAUGUGAAUAUUCUGCACUUACCGUUUUUGUGUUAAUCAUUAAUGAGUUUCGACAAGCGACAAAAAAAAGGAGAAAAAUAAAAAAACGAUAUUUAAGCUUCAACUUCAACAACUGUUAAAAUAAAAAGACAAAAGACGGGGCUGUUUAAAGAUGGGCAGCAUGUAUUACUCGAUGACGAGACGAUCGCACGCGCUUCAGUUGAAUGGCAAAAAUUAAAUUAGUGUCUUAGAGCGUGCGCGGGGUUGUAAUCAUUAAAAGAAAAGAGAAUUAAAGAAGAAAAAAAAAGCUGCUUGAAUGUCGUCGCGUUAAGUGAUCGAAUGUUAAGAGACGAAGACAUUUUGAGUUUCAUUUGUUUGCUGUAAGAAUUAUCUCUUCGCUUUUCUGUGAAGCGUGUGAAUUAUCCGAAAAGAAAAAAAAAGCCAAUCCAAUAUUAGUUUUAAGAAGCGCAAAAGCGUAAGCUGUUAAGCGGCCAGUAGCUAGAAGACCUUGUGUGUUGACUUUUAAGAUGUCAUUUUGUUGAUUUCUUAUAAAGUCGACCGUCUUUUGAAUAGGAAAAAAUGAAAAAAAAAACACAAAAAAAUGCCUUAAAUCAUUAGAAAAAAAAACUGUAAGCGGUUCCCCUUCUGUUUGUGACCAAUAAAUAAUUUAAGUAAGUUAAUCUUUUAGGAAUUAUUUCGCUUUAAAGUAGCAUAUUCAUUCCAUAAUAGCAUAGUCAGUUAUCGUUUAGAUGAGUUAAAUAUUUAAAUUAGCCUUUAAUAGCGCGAGAAGCAGCAAGUACCAUGUAAAACCGUUGAUGAUAAAGAUGGAAAAACAUAUUUUUUUGUUUCUUCUCGAAUAAAUUUGUAGUUUUUAUUUUUCGAAGCGAUAAAUUAAGUUUUUCUUCAUCGUUGUCAUGACAUGUAAGCUUUAAGUUUCAAAACAAAAUCCCUGUCAACUGGAAUGUUUUUCUUCGUAUUCCAUGUUCUGUUUCUUUUACUCUUAAUUCGACGUGUUGCAGC